AUGGCCACCACUAAUACUGUUUCUUCCCCAUCAGUCAACACCCAACCUCAACAACCACAACCGCAACCGGUUACUGGUGGACAGCAAGCUCAAACAAGUACUCCGACUGCCACUCCGACUGCCACUCCAACUCCAACUUCAUCGGCAACCACCACUUCUACUACCAAGCCACAAUUGACAGAAGAAAGAGUUUCUGAAAUUGGUUGGUUUUUCAUUAAAUCUUAUUACGAUUUCUUUCUUUCUAAAUUGGAUGAAAUCCAUAAGAUCUACCAUCCCCAAGCUUGUAUUAGUCAUGAUGCAUUCCCAGAAACCGAUUCUUUAUCUUCUUUGAAUGAAUUUAAUGGAAAAGUUCCUAUUGCUUAUAAAGCUAGAGGUAUGGAUGCCAUCAAGGAAACUUAUGCCAAAUAUUUGUCAGGUAGCAAAAACAACAGAAUUGUCAUUACUAGUGCUUGUUUCCAACUUUCUUUAAAUCAAAAUAUCAUAAUUGUUGUCUUUGGUGAAUGGAGUACCAACGAUCAACCUUAUAAACAAUUCACUCAAACUUUUGUUUUGGUUCCAGGUAAACAUGAAACCAAUUAUGAAGUAGCCAAUGAUAUUUUGAGAUUUGUUAUCAUUAAUGGAUACAAAGAAAAAAAUGAACAAGUUCAAGAAAAAGAAAUCAAAGCUGAACCUGUCACCAAGAAAGUUGCUGCACCAGUUGCUACUCCUGAACAAGAACCUGUCAAGGAAAAAGAAGCAGAACCUGUUUCUAACAACGUCAAACCUGUUCAAAAAGAAACUCCACCUGUUGCUACUGCGACUACUGUUAGUAACCCUGUUGCAAAUGGAUCUAAAGCUGAAGCUAAAAAGGAACCAGUUGCUCCUGUUCCUGAAGCUAAGAAACCUGAAGAAAAACCAGUUUCCAAACCUGAACCAGUUAAAGAAGAAAAACCUGAUGUUUUUGAACCAAAGAAAGAAGAACAAGAGGAAGAAGUUAAAGAGGAAUCUAAAGUAGAAGCUCCAGUUGAAGAAUCCAAACCAGAAGAAGUGAAAGAGCAAGUCAAUGAAGAAUUGAAAAAAGAAUCAGCCAAACCAUCCCCAUCACAACCAAUGAGUUGGGCUGCUCUUGCUCAACAAGCUGUUCCAGUGAAACAAGGUACCAAACCAAUUUCUUCACCACCAAUCACUAAAGCUCCAACUGCCGCCAAGAAACCAGUUUCAAGUGCCAGUAGUGCUUCAACCACUAGUGCUCAAUCAAAUGGUAAACAUUACAAAAAAGAUGAUUGGUAUCCAAUUUAUAUCAGGGGUAUUCGUCAUCUAGACGAACAAGAAUUGAAAGAUCAUUUGUCCAAGAAAUUUGGAGAAUUGAAAUAUUUCAAAGUCAAUGAAAACAUUUGUUUAGCUGAUUUUGUCAACCAAGAUGCUCAACGUAGAGCAUUAGAAGCUAAAGAAACCACUCUUAAUGGGAUCUCCAUUUCUUUGGAACCAAGAGAAUCCAAGACUGGUAAUAGUUACCAUGGUACAUCUGGAAACAAUGGAAGUUAUAAAAAAUUUGGCGGUCAAGGUAAAACAGGAGCUAAAAAUAAAGAAAAAUUUGAAAAUAAAAAAGUCAAUGGAGCCAAAAAGAAUGUGAACAAACCAGUUGCUAAAUAG